UGGAUUGAGUCUAUUCCUUUCUGAUGUCAACUGCCGAGCCGAUGGACUUGGAUGAGGAGACCCCAGCUGCUGGAGGGUCAGUGUUCCUCCCGCCAGCCAAUGAGCUGCCCUGGGUUGAGAAGUACCGACCCAAGACGUUGGACGACCUGGUGGCCCAUCAGGAAAUCAUCGAAACCAUCAAACGCUUUGUGAAAAUGAAUGCCCUACCACACCUAUUACUCCACGGCCCACCAGGAACUGGCAAGACUUCUACCAUUCUCGCCUGCGCUAGGCAGAUGUAUCCUCCAGGGCAGUUACGUCAGUAUGUGUUGGAACUUAAUGCUUCUGAUGCACGUGGUAUCGACGUAGUACGCGAAUGUAUAAAGCAAUUUGUGAGCUCCAGAAGCAUGUUUAGCGGCUCGCUAGGAACUAAUAUGCCCAAGUUGGUCAUAUUGGACGAGGCGGAUAAUAUGACGAGUGUCUCGCAGUUCGCCUUGAGGAGGGUUAUCGAACAGUACUCUUCCAACGCGAGAUUUUGUCUUAUAUGCAACUACGCCUCGAAGAUCAUACCAGCUCUACAGUCGCGAUGCACUAAGUUCCGCUUCGCUCCGCUAAAGGAUGCUGAGGCUCGGAUGAGGGUUGAUUAUGUUGCCAAAUGUGAAGGUGUAAAGAUAUCAGAAGAUGGUAUGUUGGCACUAUUGAGGACCGGGGAGGGGGACAUGAGGAAGGUCCUUAAUACCCUCCAAAGCUGUACACUCAGCUACCCUUCUCAUACAGUCGAUGCCAAUAUCAUACAUAAAGUAGCGGGGCUCCCUGAGACCUCAACUAUCGAUAGGUUAGAAGCGGUAUUGUGUCAAAAGCCGCUGAGGGAAGGGAUGAUGGUGAUAGAGGAGCUGCGGGUGAAACAUGGUUACAGCGUGGCAGACCUCCUACGUGAGAUCCACGACCGUAUGGUGACUGUUGACAUGCCUCCGAGGGCGCGCAACCUCCUCUUUAGAGAUCUUGCUGAGAUCGAAUACCGCCUAAGUAGUGGGUGCAGCGAGAAGGUCCAGGGGGCUGCUCUGGUGGGCUCCUUCCACGAAAUUCGAGAGAUGAUGGUUGCCAAGUAG